CCCCAAGUGAGUGCGCUAAGUAGGGAUCUCUACAUUAUAUAUCUUAUCAAACUGUACACGUGAGAAACCAUACUUUUCUUAUGAAAACUUAAACACGGCCGACUUUUCUCUCCGACUCGACGAUGGGGUCCCAGGAUACACAAUGAUAUUGUACUGAUAGAAGAAGAAGAAAAAAAUUUGUAUAUUUGUUUGUAAAUAUGACACCAAAAUACAAUCUCUGAGAUUCCCGGCAACCGCAGCAAUCAACCCUGAGGCAUAAAACAAGUAUUGAAUAGCGGAGCACCAUCUUGAAGGGGAAAAAGAAGUGAGAAUACUGAAAGAAAAAAACAAAUUAAAAAAAGAACGCACAAAGGGAGUUUCAGUGCAUUGAUGUAGAUUAGAUGCUCGGAGGCAUAGAUUUUCUUUAGAGGAAGAGGAAUCGACAUCGCAUGCGAGUUGUCUGUGGUCUCGUGGUAUUGAUAAUCAAGCUCAGGUUUGGUUUAUCCACCAAGGGAGCUGCAGCGGAAAGGAAGAGGUGUAUAAAGGCAGAGAUUUAAUAUCAGCUGUUUUUAUUCUACUCUGUGCAACAAAGACGAAUGAUCGACUGUUGCGUCUUUGAUUUUGGGAUCUCUUUCAGUUUCAUCAACAUUUUCCAUCUUGGAGGAUAUGAAAAUGAUGCCUUUUGAACGAAAACAGCAAGGAUGCCUUUCAAGUUCAGGAUGCAUGAUCUACAACAACUAACUGUUUGUGUUCUUUGAAAUUUUCUCCUGGACUAUCAUAUCAUAUGUUUAAUAGCAGACUUUUGGUUGGUUUUCAAACCUGACUUGAACCCUGCAUUGCCAAUUUGCCAUGAUGAAGAGUGUUGAACCCAAAGCAGACCUCCCUCCUGCAAGCUCUAGCACCAUGCUGACCUACAGUGCGUUGCCGGUCAGGAGACCCUAUCAUCAGCCCAGGGAAUCGCCCAGAAAUAUGACGGGUGUCUAUCUCUCCCAGUAUAUUCCAGAAUCAAAUCAAAAUGAUCCCUAUGGACUUCCCAGUAAUAAAUUCAAACAGCAGAGGAUUCCUCCCCUGGCCAAAGCGAGAGGAACUGUUUAUCAACCCAGAACACAGCCGGGAUAUUUAAGACAACAGCAGCGGAGACAGGACCUGAUGGUGAGAAGCAGAGGGGAAGCCAAAGCCUUUCAACCUUUACCUAUCAAGAGAGCCAAACCAAAAGGACCUCGUCAUGAAUACCAUGGGCCUUCACCUCACGUCAUAGGACCUAAACCAGACUAUCAUGCAGUAACAAGAAAAUCAGCCCGGAGUCGUGUCCCGGCAUCCAACGAUGGGGUGACCCAUUUUGAAGAUCUUCGUUCCAACUCUAGUGGUAACAGCAGUGAUAAAGCAACUCAAGAAGCAGAGGUGAUAGAAAGCAUGUUGGACAGUAUUAGUCUCGCCUCUAAGGAGAGUGAGAAGAGUUUAGCUGGACUCGUUGAAUGCUAUAAGAAAAUUUGUAAGGGCAAUACCUCAAGUGUACAUAAUCUAAUGACAUCAAGAGUAUCACCAAGUGGAAAACAUAAAAGGAAAAAAGGUCAAAUAAACAAUGGGAAUACACCGUUACUUAUAAGGAGUUUCCGAAAUCCUCAGCAUCCCCAUGCGGUCGUGCAGUAUUCCAGUCCCAAGGAUCGCACCGCAUCACCCCAGGGUUCCGGUCGUCCUCCGGUUCCUGCGCCUUACUUCUACAGCAGUAAGGGUCUGCCCCAGACGUCGGACGAAGGAGGUAACAGGGUCAAACUAUCAAGGUUACCAGGUGCUACAUCGAGAGGUCCUGACUCGGUGCUCGCCGCUCCAGGUGCAGGGUCGAUGUCAAGGUCAAAUAGCAGUCGAACAACAGGGUCAACACGAACCAAUCACAGACCUCCUAAUGGCAUAGAAGGGACACGCCCUCCUAGCCUUCAUACCAAUGCAAAGAUUAUCGAUUCUGAUUCAGUGUAUAUGAUAAAGGAAAACUUCCAUGUACCAGCUAGCACACCUGUAGCAUCUACAGUAGAUAUGAAUAGAAUGUCUGAGAUUGACCCAACUGACCACAGGUCAACAGAUUUAAGUCAGAGACACCAGGUGGUGACGUUACCAGGCAGCCACGCCCCUGGCAGCAUCACGUCCAGUGCCGUCGGACCCACGUCCUUCCCCAACGGUACCUCCGUGGGAGGGGAUAUAGAGCUAACAUCGGUAACGGGGGACAGCGUUGAGUUGGAGAGCAAGCCGGACAUCCAAGGUCGCAAGGCAUCCAUCGCCGAGACGGUCACCUUCUCCAUAACCAUCUCCGUGGAGGAUGACUCUGGUCAGUUGAAGACGAUGGAUCUAGAUGAGGAGGCUGGAACGCAUCAAACAGAAACUGGACACAGUGAAGGGGAUGUGAGUGCAAGCGAAGUUGCAGAAAAACAAAAGGAGUCUCAAGCCAAGAAGCAGGCAGAGCUCGAUCAGCUCCUAGAGGAGCAUCAUCAGAUUGUCUCCCAGAUCGAGGAGCUGGAGAAGAUCAAAGGGAGCACAGGAGACUCAGCAAAGGAGGAGGAGGAGAUGGAGGCUGAGCAUUAACAUCAAGCUCCCUCUUAUGUUUGGUUGGCAUGGAGAGUGGAUAAGAGAGACUGCAUUUGUUGUGUGGAGUACUCUAUGUGCUUACUUGUACUUGCACCAAGAAAUAAGAUGAAUGCUGCCAUCUGGAGGUUGUUUUGUUAUAGUCAAAGUUGGUGUACAAUGUAUUUAUGAGCAAUUUAAUGCAAUUUUAAUCUUUAUUGAAAAUCAGUGUAAAUAAAUCUUUGAUCAUAUGUUUCCCAAUUAAAUUUUGAAGUGAUGAAAGUACUAAUAAUUUGGACAUUUCUUCGUAUCAAUUAUGUAUGUAAGUUGAAUUUGAUGGUUUAUUAGAAUUACAACCUCCUCUCUCACUCUCUUUCAUUUAUUUUCUUUGUAUUUCUGUCCCUCUGUGUCUGUCUCUUGAUCUCAUUUUAC